CAGUCGUCGCCUUGCACAGAAUAGGCAUGGCAAGGACCGCGGAUCUUGCUGCUAACGCACAUUUGAGGUCUCAGUUCAACCAGAAAAAUCUGAAAAGUGACCUAAUAACGAAAAAUGGAUUCCACAAAAAUGGACAGAGGAACGGAACUGCAAACGGAGUUCACUUCAGCCACAGGGCCAGGGAGUCCUUUGAGCAGGCUCCUCUGUACGUUGCUGUGCUGACAUACCUGGGCUUCGGGAUCGUGACCCUGUUCGGCUACUUCAGGGACUUCCUGAGAGCCGUCGGCCUUGAGAAAUGUCACCUCGCUCAGGAGAGGGAGGAACAGAAGGAUUUUGUUCCACUUUACCAAGAUUUUGAGAACUUCUACACACGGAAUCUGUACAUGAGAGUAAGAGACAACUGGAACCGGCCCAUUUGCAGCCUGCCAGGACCAGUGUUUGAUCUGAUGGAACGCGUCUCUGAUGAUUACAACUGGACCUUCAGGUUAACAGGGAGGACCAUAGAGAAUGUCAUAAACAUGGGCUCCUACAACUACCUGGGCUUUGCUGAGAACAACGCCCAUUUCCUGAAAACUGUGGCAGAAACCACAAAGGAGUAUGGAGUUGGGGUCUGCAGCACACGCCAGGAAAUGGGUAACCUAAGCAUCCACAAAGAGCUGGAGGACCUGGUGGCCACGUUCCUGGGGGCGGAGUCUGCCAUGACGUUUGGAAUGGGCUUCGCCACCAACUCCAUGAACAUCCCAGCUCUUGUGGGCAAGGGUAGCCUGAUCCUAAGCGACGAGCUGAAUCACACGUCCCUCAUCCUGGGAGCCAGGCUGUCCGGCGCCACCAUCCGGGUUUUCAAGCACAACAACAUGCAGAGUCUGGAGCGGAUGCUGAGGGAGGCAGUGAGCGCCGGGCAGCCCCGCACCCACCGACCCUGGAAGAAGAUCCUCAUCGUGGUGGAGGGUAUCUACAGCAUGGAGGGCUCCAUCGUGCGCCUGCCUGAGAUUGUGGCCCUGAAGAAGAAGUACAAGGCCUACCUGUACCUGGACGAGGCCCACAGCAUCGGAGCAGUGGGGUCCACGGGCCGUGGCGUCACAGAGCACUUCGGCAUUGACCCCUCGGACGUUGACGUGCUAAUGGGCACCUUCACCAAGAGCUUUGGCGCAGCCGGCGGAUAUAUCGCAGGGAAGAAGGAGCUUAUUGAUUACCUACGAAGCCACUCCCACAGUGCAGUCUACGCGACCGCCAUGUCUCCACCCGUGGCCGAACAGAUCAUCAGGGCCAUGAAGUGCAUCAUGGGAUUGGACGGCACCACAGUCGGCAUCCAGAGAGUACGCCAGCUGGCUGAGAACACCAGGUACUUCCGGCAGCGGCUGCAGGAGUUGGGCUUCAUCACCUACGGCUCCCAUGAGUCCCCCGUGGUCCCGCUGCUGCUCUACAUGCCGGGAAAGGUCGGGGCCUUUUCGCGUGCCAUGCUGGAGAGGAAGAUCGGAGUGGUGGUGGUGGGCUUCCCCGCCACACCGAUCGGCGAGGCCCGCGCUCGUUUCUGCGUGUCCGCCGCUCACACCAGGGAAAUGCUGGACAAGGUGCUGGGUACUCUUGACGAGGUGGGAGACUACCUGGUCCUGAAGUUCUCCCGACGGACACCCUCUCCACGGCCUGAGCUCUAUGACGAGACGGACUUUGAGCUGGACAGCUGAUAGCUGCCCCUCUCCUCACUCCCUGCACUGAGAGACCUGAAGCUGAUCGUGACUGUGGUGCCUUCUCUAGAGGAUCUAGCCUUUUU